UUUUCCCCGUUCACCAGAACCAAAUCGAGUCUUUCUAUGGCAAAAACCUCCAGUGGAACAAAUAUGAAUCCCCCAAGGAUUUAGUCUUAACCGUCCAAAUGCUUGUCAAACGCAUCUUCAACCGUUUCGAACAGAACACCUGGGAAGUUACCGAUGUCAACACCGUUCUCCUCCACAACAUCCGUGAGUUCAUCACCGUCCUCGACAACAUCUCAGAGAAAUUCGAAACCAAAAUGACCUUCGAACGUUCCCUUCACACCGAAAAGUACGUAGAAGAAUUCAUCUACAGAAUCAAACAAAUCAAAAGAGAACUCCAACAAACCAUCAGCAACGAAGUUUUCACCAACUUGCCUGAACUCAAGAUCCGCUUCCUCCGUUACAUUGAAGUUGUUUCUGCCGAAUUUUGCAAAUUGAUCGAGAACCAACAAGUAUACGGCCUUGAAAGUUUCUUGAUCAAGGAUGUCUUCAACAGAUUCAUCUCCUUCUUGAACAAGGUCAGCUACGAACGCAGCUACGUCUCCGAGCACUACCCAAUCAAGGGAUUCAACGGUUUCUCCUCUAAGUAUUAUAAGGACAACACCAUCGUCCCAUCCAAUUACAACAGCUACUCCCACGGGCUCCCAACUGUUUACAACCAAUUGUACUAAAAUGUGGUUUGCUGUGAUUACUUGUGAUCUCAGUAUUUAAAUAAAUCUGACCUUUUUUUGUAUAUUCUUUUUUGUGUGUAUUUCU